AUGAGAGCUCUUGUCUACACGGACGUCGAUACGGUCGAGUUUAUGGACCGGCCAAAACCUACCGUGACAGCUCCCACGGAUGCAGUCGUCAAGAUGCUACACACCACUAUCUGCGGAACAGAUCUUCAUAUCCUGAAAGGCGACGUGCCUUCGAUCAAGACAGGUAGGAUUCUCGGCCAUGAGGGAGUCGGAGUGAUCGAGUCGCUCGGAACAGCCGUCGAUGGCCUGAAGAUGGGAGACAAAGUGCUGAUCUCAGCUAUCACGGCUUGCGGCGUGUGUAAAUUCUGUCGAAGAGGCAUGAGUUCGCAUUGCCUGACGGGAGGCUGGGUGCUUGGGAACCAAAUCGACGGCACUCAGGCGGAGUACGCGCGAAUUCCGCAUGCGACCUCGUCUCUGUAUAAACUUCCUGAAAGCGUGGAUCCCCGUCAAGCGGUGAUGCUAUCGGAUGCGCUCCCGACGGGACUCGAAUGUGGUGUACUCAAUGGAAAAGUACAGCCUGGAAAUAAAGUUGCUAUUGUCGGAGCUGGACCCGUCGGCAUUGGAGUGCUGCUGACUGCUAGGCUGUACUCUCCAUCCUUGAUUGUGAUGAUCGAUCUGGACGACGCUCGGCUCGAGGUCGCAAAGAAGUUGGGAGCUCAUUAUGGAGUGAACCCCAAGGCGCCAGACGCGAUGUCCAAACUGAAGGAGCUCACGGAUGGAGAGGGCUUCGACUCGGUUAUGGAAGUCGUUGGUGUCCCUGCGACGUUCGAGAUGUGUCAGGAACUGGUCGCACCUGGAGGUACGAUCGCCAAUGUGGGCGUGCAUGGGAAGAAGGUCGAUUUGCACCUUGAGAAAUUAUGGGAUCGCAAUAUCAGUAUAACGACCCGACUCCUGGACGCCGUUACUAUCCCGAUGCUUCUUAAGCUUAAUGAAUCCGGAACUCUUAAUGCCUCGUCGCUAGUAACUCACACGUUCUCAUUCCACGACGCGGUCAAAGCGUACGGCACUUUCCACGCCGCGUCUCAUCAUCAGGCAUUGAAGGUUGUGAUUGACAUCUAA